AUGGCUGAUAUUAACCUCAAGGAAAUAACCCUAAUAGUAGGUGUGGUUACUGCCUGCUAUUGGAACAGUCUCUUUUGUGGUUUUGUUUUUGAUGAUGUUUCAGCCAUACUGGAUAAUAAAGACUUGCAUCCAUCUACACCUUUAAAAACUUUAUUUCAGAAUGACUUCUGGGGAACUCCUAUGUCUGAGGAGAGAAGUCACAAGUCUUACCGUCCCUUAACAGUAUUGACAUUUCGCCUAAAUUAUCUGUUUAGUGAACUGAAACCGAUGUCGUAUCAUCUCCUAAAUAUGAUUUUACAUGCUGUGGUCACUAUAAUAUUUCUUAAAGUCUGCAAACUUUUUCUGGACAGCAGAAGUAGUAUGAUUGCUGCUUUACUCUUUGCAGUACACCCAAUACACACAGAAGCGGUAACAGGUGUUGUAGGAAGAGCAGAACUUUUGUCAUCUAUCUUUUUUCUAGCUGCAUUUUUGUCAUAUACCAAAUCUAAAGGACCGAAUAAUUCCAUAGUGUGGACUCCAAUUGCAUUGACAAUGUUUUUAGUAGCUGUUGCAACAUUGUGUAAAGAACAAGGAAUUACAGUUGUGGGAAUUUGCUGUGUCUAUGAAGUAUUUAUUGCUCAGGGGUAUACUUUACCAUUAUUAUGUACUACUGCUGGACAGUUUCUCCGUGGAAAGAGUAGUAUUCCAUUUUCUAUGCUGCAGACAUUAGUAAAACUCAUUGUUUUGAUGUUCAGUACAUUAUUACUUGUUGUGAUUAGAGUCCAGAUUAUUCAGUCUCAACUUCCAGUGUUCACCAGGUUUGAUAACCCAGCUGCUGUAAGCCCAACUCCUACGAGGCAGCUAACUUUUAACUACCUCCUUCCUGUCAAUGCGUGGCUUCUAUUAAAUCCUUCAGAGCUCUGCUGUGAUUGGACCAUGGGAACAAUACCACUUAUAGAGUCAUUUCUUGAUAUUCGAAAUGUUGCCACAUUUACUUUCUUUUGUAUUUUGGGGGCUUUGGGAGUAUUCAGUCUCAGAUAUCCCAGUGAUUCCUCCAAAACUGUUUUAAUGGCACUUUGUUUAAUGGCGUUACCAUUUAUUCCUGCAUCGAACCUUUUUUUCCCAGUUGGAUUUGUUGUUGCUGAACGAGUAUUAUAUGUUCCGAGCAUGGGGUUCUGUAUUUUGGUAGCCCAUGGAUGGCACAAAAUAUCAAACAAGAGUGUAUUUAAAAAGUUAUCCUGGAUUUGUCUAUCUUUGGUGAUAUUCACUCAUGCCUUAAAAACAAUCCACAGAAAUUGGGAUUGGGAAUCUGAAUAUACAUUGUUUAUGUCAGCCUUGAAGGUAAAUAAAAAUAAUGCCAAAUUAUGGAAUAAUGUGGGUCAUGCUCUGGAAAAUGAAAAGAACUUUGAGAGAGCUUUGAAAUACUUUCUACAGGCUACCCAUGUUCAGCCAGAUGAUAUUGGUGCCCACAUGAAUGUAGGAAGAACUUACAAAAAUUUAAAUAGAACCAAAGAAGCUGAAGAAUCUUACAUGACAGCCAAGUCACUGAUGCCUCAAAUUAUUCCUGGUAAAAAAUAUGCAGCCAGAAUUGCCCCUAACCACCUCAAUGUUUAUAUUAAUCUGGCCAAUCUGAUCCGAGCAGAUGAGUCUCGGCUAGAAGAAGCUGACCAGCUGUAUCGACAAGCAAUAAGCAUGAGACCCGACUUCAAACAGGCUUACAUUAGCAGAGGAGAAUUGCUUUUAAAAAUGAAUAAACCUUUCAAAGCAAAAGAAGCAUAUCUUAAAGCACUGGAGUUGGACAGAAAUAAUGCAGAUCUUUGGUAUAACUUGGCGAUUGUUCAGAUUGAACUUAAAGAACCAAAUGAAGCUCUUAAAAACUUUAAUCGUGCUUUAGAACUAAAUCCAAAACAUAAGCUAGCAUUAUUCAAUUCUGGUAUAUUAAUGCAAGAAUCAGGUGAGGUUAAGCUCAGACCUGAAGCUAGAAAACGACUUCUAAGUUAUAUAAAUGAAGAGCCACAAGAUGCUAAUGGUUAUUUCAAUCUGGGAAUGCUUGCCAUGGACGACAAAAAGGACUCUGAAGCAGAGAUGUGGAUGAAGAAAGCCAUAAAAUUACAAGCUGACUUCAGAAGUGCUUUGUUUAAUCUGGCUCUGCUGUAUUCUCAGACUGCAAAGGAAUUACUGGCUUUGCCAGUUUUAGAAGAGUUACUCAAAUACUAUCCUGAUCAUAUUAAGGGUCUCAUUUUAAAGGGAGACAUUCUAAUGAAUCAAAAGAAAGAUAUACUUGGAGCAAAAAAAUGUUUCGAAAAGAUUUUGGAGAUGGAUCCAAGCAAUGUGCAAGGAAAGCACAAUCUUUGUGUUGUUUAUUUUGAGGAGAAAGACUUAUUAAAAGCUGAAAAAUGCCUGCUUGAAACAUUGGCAUUAGCACCACAUGAAGAAUAUAUCCAGCGCCAUUUGAAUAUAGUCAGGGAUAAAAUUUCUGCAUCUAGUUUAAUAGAACAGCCAAUAUUCCCAGUUAGUAAGACUUCAGGAAACAAAAUUCCGACCGAAAAUGCAAGAGAAAUAAGAAGUGAACCCCAACUCACACAGAAGGAAGAUUCUUCCAGCAGAAUUUAA